GACGUUUUGUCUGCAGGAUGUGGUUAACUGUUAAAUCUGGCUCUGGUACAGCUGUGACAUAAACAUUCAGGAUACAGUGGAAAAACUAUUUAAUGUUAGAGUCUUUCUUUUGUUAUGCCUUCAAGGCAUCCAUCAAUAAUGGCUCUGAGAAAUAGCUGUGGAGGUUCACGUGUGCGCAGCAAGCUCUCCCCCCUUUCCUGGCUUUAUAAAGGUUAAUUUUAACCACAGCAAGAUGAAAUGCAAGUGAGGUUUCUGUGAGAUUCAUGCCUCUCUGCUGAAAACAUUAUGUGCUAAAAGUGUGCCAGCUGACUUGCUUCUUAACACAACUUUUUCCUGACUCUUUUUCACUUCCAUUCGUUUAAUUACUCAUAGACACCGACAAAAGGUGGAUCAGGCUAAUGCAAACCUUUUGAGGUCAGCAGCUCUGUUGUUCUACAUACCUGGGGCAUAUACUGCAAAUAUUAGUGAUCUAGCCCAAAUUACUGAAGUUUAGAGUUUCCAUCUUCUUUCUGAUGUCUCUUUGGUGCCUCUGAAAAUAUGUCUGCAGAGUGCUCCGAUAAUUCUUUUUUGAUAACUUCAGUCAUUUUUUUGAUAGUCGUACUAGUAUUUUUAAGAAGAACUUAAGUUUGGGAAUGUAAGUUUUACUGGCUGGAGAUUUUUUUAAAAAUCUUACUCUGUCUCUCCUCUUUAUCACUGAAGGCACACAUUGAUUGUUCAGCUGAAAUUUCAGGAAUACCAGGGUUUCUACAUAAGAUCUGUGUACUUGGUUCUUAGGGCUGUGACCUCUCUCUUGUAUUUGAAAUGUGCAUUGGGAGAUCUCUGUACUCUCAAUUUGCUGAUGGACUCGUUGCUCUUUAAAACCAAGUAAUUUACACUCCAGUUAUAGCUAAAAUUAUUAUGUUAAGACUUGUGAUGCUACUGAAAAUAGGUAAGAUAAUUUUGCAAUUAAGGAUGACAUGCUUUACGUCCUGCCAGAGGGGAAUGACACUGUUCACGUACACAUGUGUGCUCCCCCACAGCACUUGCAGAGCAUUUACACUGACUCCACAGGCUUCGUAAUUGUAACAUCGCUUUCAGCAAUAGUAGAACUCUUUACUCACAAAAGGACUUUAUUAGAUGGCGUGAAACUGGGCAAAACAUGCUUGUUUAAAAGGUAGGCUGCUGCGGUGAGAACAUGACUAGGUCCUUGCAUUAUGUGAAGUUUCUUUGGUGGAUCGUAAAGCUUAGUCCUGAAAGCAAAUUGUUGAGGUUCAUGUGAGGGUAGCUGUGCAUAAAUCAGGUAUUUGCUAAUUACAUAUUUACGAGGCAACGUGUGGGCAGUUUCUUAACCUGAUGGUACCUGAUGCUGUUUCUGAGAACUGCUUAUCCCCAUGCUGAAAGCGUUGCUGUAUCCUGCUUAGCGAAGAGCUUUGGGUACUGCAUUUAAAAGAAUUUAGGACAUAAAGUAGCUGGCAGGCACUGGCUGGCAGUGGUAAUGCUCAGCUGUUCCAGUUUGUUCUGAUUUAUAUGGAAAACGAAACUGCUCGUACAGACCUUGCUCACCCCCGCUGCAGAUGUGUGUAAGAAUAAUUGGUGCAUUUCUCUCCAUACUGUAUAUGCACAAGUAGUCUAGCCCCUGGCCAAAGGAAAGCUGAGUUAAUGAGCAUUUUUAAUGAACGGUGACUUGUGACUUUUGAUGGGGGGUUGGAAGCGGGCUUUAAUAAUAGUGCUAUUGCUUUUAUAAAAGGCACAGAACUCCACGUGAUAGCCUUUAUUCAGAUUUAUGAUGUUUGUAUUAAUUUUUUAAGUGUAGUUUUCUGGAUCAGACUUUUUAUUAAUGCUUAAAAAUCCACAUUAGCUUAAUUAUCUUUUAUUUUCUUAUUCACUUUCAAAUAAGAGGCUUUUUUCUUAAAGAUGGUCUGUGCAGUAGGAGUUUUAUAGAUUAAUAUGCACAUAUUUUUUCCCUUAGAAAUUGAUCACUACAGGACUUCCAAUUUCAGUAUUUUUCUUUGAAUUCCAACCUUCAUCACAGGCUAACCCUGCAAUUCAUCCUUAUCCACUCAGGGGAUUUCUCACUGACUCAGUAUUGAUAUUCUCUCCUUCCUCCCAGCGACUCCAGUAUAAACCUGACCAGUCAAUCCAGGAUACUUGAGGCGAGGCUGUUUGGGCAGUAUCCACAGCCGCUGUUGGACAUAGCGGCAGGGCCUGGGAGAAAAAGGGUGAUUUUUCAUGACAGAGGCGCAAAGUCACGGUGAAAGAUACUUCUUGGAGAGCUUUUGGGGGCGAACAAGAGAGGGCAAGUUGAGACUGAAUGUGGGGUCGUCAGCUAAAAUUGAGUCCUUUCUAGGGGCAAGGGCUCUUUCUGUAAAGCCUGCAGAGAUACUGCUGCAGUUGAGAUUUUUAUGCAGAAGAUGGGCACAGCUGUUUUUCGCUUGUCCCAACACGGAUGCUCUCAUUAGGGUAGGAAUCCUGAAGGCCAGUUUGUAUUUUGUUUAACGUUAAUGAAAAUUUAACCGUAGGCAGUUUUAAAAGCGGUGGGUUUUAAAGCCUUAAUGUGAGAUACACUUAAAGUAUGUUACAUUAGUGCUGAGGUGAGGCAGAGAAAUAUAUCUCAUUUCAUGGUAAAAAUAGCUCCAGCGGUGAGACGCACACAGGAAUGUGACCAGAUGAAUUGGUUGCCACGGGAUUAGUGGGAAUGUGAACUUGCAGCUCACCAAUUUAUUGGGGUAAUUGCUCAUAGGAACAGCUUUACCUUAUAGUAAACAUGAAAUAAUUACUUUUCAACAAAAGUAUUCUGCCUUGCAUUUACCAUUAGGUAACUUUGUGAAGCUCAUCUCAUUGUUUUCUUAAUGUAGUUUGUUCAUCUGCCGUCUUCCUCGUCAUUUUAUGGCCCAAUUCAGAAUUCUUGCACUUGCAGAUGAAUUAUGAGUAUAUUCUAAUACCAGCAGUUUCUUUUGGUCUAUCCUAGCUAUUUUUCCAUUCACUUAGUAGCCAGACCUAAUUGUUCUUUACUGGUUUGUAGGAUAUUUCUACAGGAUAUUCAGACUCUUGCUCACCCCAUAAUGCCUUUCUCCUAAUUUUUUUCUGCCUUAAUUGUUCUAGUCAUCAAAUUUUGCCUAUGGAACUACUAGUAGAGCACAUUUUAAGCAGCAUGUUGGGAAACUUGGAAAUAAAUCACCUUGGUCAGGCCUAAGGAGAAUGGCGGAGUUAGUCCAUAGUAAAAGGAACAUAAUCUUAGCUGUAUGCAAAACGGGCUCUGUUUGAAAUGGUGGUUGGUUUCAGAAGAUCCUGUCUGAGGGAUUUAAAAGAUGGUUUGCCAUUUGGUAGGAUGCCAAACUUGAUGAUGGUGCAUCAUUUAAGUUUGACUAAGGGGUUGUUUUCUCUUGUCAGAGGAAAGAGUUCUUACAGAUUCGGGAUUACAGAUGUGCUGUAACUGAUAGCUGCAGCCUGUUCAGACACUGAUAUUUUAGCUGCUUUCUAAAAGCUUCCAUCACAGUUCCCAUGUAACAGAAAAAAAAAUGCUUGUGUAAAAGAAUAUUUAGUGUAUCUGCUCAGUGCUUAUAUUUACCACCUAAUUUGCUGAUAUGCCUACAGAAAUGUAAACCAGGCUGGGAAGUUUUGAUGGUAAAGGUGUCUUAAAGUAUCUACUUAAUUUUUCAUCUGAAAAUAAAACCUUUAUGUGACAAUGGCAGUAACCGUAAGACAGACAGGAGUGGAUUCCUUUGUCCGUUGUUGAUGGUUCUUCUCUGAUUCACGGGGACACUACACAGAAAAUGAGAUCUGCACAGUAUCCUACCCCAGCAGAAUUGGAUGCUUAUGCUAAGAAGGUCGCCAACAAUCCACUGACUAUAAAAAUCUUUCCAAACAGUGUCAAGGUUCCCCAGAGGAAACACAUACGCCGUACUGUGAACGGACUUGAUACUUCGGGCCAGAGGUACAGUCCCUACCCGUCUCAGGCCACCACGAAAACAGGCCUCCUGGCGAUAGUCAAAUCUCCAGCAAAAGGAAUUAUCAAAGACUUUGACGGGACACGCACGCGCCUGCUGCCGGAAGCAAUGAUGAAUCCCCCUUCCACACCAUACGUUGCACCUAGCACUUUAACCCACCCCCAGGCGCUUGCUCGCCAGCAGGCUCUCCAGCAUGCACAGACUUUGCCGCACCCCCAGAGUAUACCGCAGCCACAGACUUUGCAGCACCCUCAGGGUAUACCACAGCCACAAAGCUUACCGCACCCUCAGGGGAUACCGCAGCCGCAGACGCUGCCGCACCCUCAGAAUAUGCAGCAGCCGCAGGGCUUGCAGCAUCCUCAGACCAUGGCACACCAGACUCUGCAGCACCCCCCGAAUCCUUUGCUGCAGCCGGGUUUACAUGGAAGCAGAAAGAUGCCGGAUGCAGAUGCGCCGCCGAAUGUGACCGUGUCUACCUCAACCAUUCCCCUCUCUAUGGCUGCCACCCUGCAGCAGAACCAGCCACCGGACCUGAGCAGCAUUGUGCACCAGAUUAACCAGUUCUGCCAGGCCAGAGCUGGCAUUAGCACUACCUCAGUCUGUGAGGGACAGAUUGCAAACCCCAGCCCUAUAAGUCGCAACCUGCUUAUCAAUGCAAGUACCAGGGUAUCUACUCACAAUGUCCCUACACCCAUGCCUUCCUGUGUAGUAAACCCUGUAGAUCAUGCUGCUGCUGCUAUUCCUCCUGCCUCUGUUAAUGUGCCCAUGGUGAAUAUUAACAGGGUGCCGCCCGCAUACCAGAACGAAAUCAAAUCGGUUGCGUGGAACCAGCACCAGCUUGCGCAUCUGCAGCAAAUGUGUGGGGAUGCUGCUGGGCCUGCUGGACUCGCAGGGAAGCACCCUCAGAGAGAGAUCGCAGGGCAGAGUUUUCCUGGCAAAACUUCAAACUACCCUCAAGAACUGUGCAUGGGCCAGUCGUUCAGCUUGAAGCCCCCCAUUGAGAAGCCUACGCCUUCUCCACCUGUGAAUGGGUUGCAGGGACCCUUGCCAUAUACCAAUGGGCACUAUUUCCAGCCCAUCUGGAAUAACAUUCUGCCCACGCCCAACAGUGACAGCUCUGGGUCCCAGGACCUCGCCAUGCCUUUCCACGGGGGACAGCCAGCAGGAGCACCGCUAGAUUGUGCAGGAGGAACUCAUUACAGAGCUGGAGCUGGCCCAUCCAGCCAGAAUAAUGUGAUGCAGACCAUGGAUUACCUAAGCGGGGACUUCCAGCAGUCCUGCUUCAGAGAUCAGAGCAUGGCCGUGCUGGGGAAAGUCCAUCGGCCUCCCAUGAACCGAGCACCUGAACCAACCGAUAGUCGAAAUCUUCAUAUUCAACACCCAGGGUAUAGAUAGGCUGCAGUCACUUUCACAGACAAAAAUUAUAGGUUUAGUCUUAAUUUUAAUUAAUAAGCAAGGCAUUUUUAACUUGCAAACUUGUGUGAUCAUUAUAGUAACCAUUGGAAGAAGACAUACCAUAUAUUUAAAAGCUUUGCUUACAUGUUAUCUAUCUCCUUUAUGCAUCAAAUAUUUAACAUGCCUUUUGUUUCAAAGAAUUUCAUUACACUACUUCACGCCACAGCUGUUUCCUCACCGCAGAAUCCCCUUCUUGCAGCUUUUGCCUUCUGCUUAGUAGUUACUUGCUGGACUGAUGUUGAGUUGCUGCAGGGUUUCGCAGUUGCAUCUGUUCGCCAGCUCCGUCAAGAGCGAGGUAGCGUAGCUGCUUAAAUUUCCAUCUCAAUUUCCUCUGAAGAUUAACAGCAACAGAAUUUGUCAGGAAGCAGGGCUUAUUUUCAACUCGAAAGCCCAUUUCAUUAAUGCAUUAAACAUUGACCAUUUGCACUGUCUAGAGGCCUAUUUAAUUGAAAAAGAAGCCUACAUUUGAAAAGAGCUAGCUAGGGGUAUGUAUUUAGGCAUUAAUAUAGGAAGAAGCUUUUCAGCUGUCUCUUGCCGAGACGCCCGCGUUUGUCGUUUAGACUUUGUCCAAAGCCAAAAGUCUCUGGCUGAUUGAUUUUUUUUUUUUUUUUUUUUUUUUUUUUGGCGGACAGGGUAUGGAGGAGGGGGAAUGGCAGUUUUGGGAUGUAGGCAGCAUAACUACCGUAGGUAACUGCCUUUUUUCUGCAUCAUAUUUCCCUUCCCCGCUCCCCUUUCGCCAGCAUAAGAGCUAACUUUGUCUGAACCCCUCGCUGCUAGGAGUCUGGCCGUCCUGAUGUGAAGGGAAUCCAGACCCACUGACAACUCCAAAAAGGGUUCAGCCGUUUCUCGGGUAGCUAGAAUUAAUUUCAGGGCGAGGAGACGUAACUCAAUCUCGUCUCCGGUGCAAUGAGCGGGCGCGCGGGGCGGCGUGGCACGGCACGGUCCCGUUCCGGCAACAGUACCGACGGGAGGCGGUUGAUCUGAAGCGAAGCUCCGCUCACGAGCCACUGUGGGACCAAUGGUCCCGUAUUCCUCUCCAUCAAAACUCCACGGCAGAUUUAAUGGAACAAUUCUCCUCCCUGGGAAUUAGCAAAGCUAUUUAUAACAUCCCUUUUUCCCAGGGUCUCAGUGCCUAACUCCUUCUGUUCCUUUCCCACGUCACUUCCAGCAGCUAGUCGAGUCAGUGGCCAUAGGACACUAACAAUUGGGUAACCUCAGCAUCUUGUUCUCCUCAGUGUACCGAAACAUACCUUUCCUUUCUAACAGCCGAAUUUGUUGUAAGUAAAAAAUCUGUCAUCUCUGUUAACGAGACUAAUACUUGAACAUAAUGAUCACAGUCAAGUUUGGAAAUUAAAAAAAAAAAAUUAAUAAUAAAAAAAAUAAAUGCAUUGAUUCUUUAUAUGUACACUGGCUAAAAAUAUUGCUCUACACUGUAACUUUUAAGUGUAAUAUUUCUGUAUGAAUGUCGCCUGGUAGUGUGGGUUUGAGUAGCAUUGUGUAUGGGUGAACCCACUGGCCUCUGCCAUCCACUGGCCUCCCUCACAGCCCUUUGAAAAAACAAAGCCUUAAGUAUUUGCUCCUUGAACUUUCCUUAACGAGCAUGGUUUAAAAAUCUUAAGACAUCAUACAAAAUUUAAAAAAGAAAAAAAAUAACAAGUUUUGAAGUGACGUCAUAGUUGGCUAGAGAUUCUUAAAGUUUUUCGUAAAUGGAAAAAUUAGAAAACACCUAUUUGUAUUUUUUUAAUUUAGACGUGUAGUCCUGGGCUGUAACAAAUAUUUAGGUUUCAAAGCUUAGCAGAGUACGUUUUCUGACUCCUUGCGUAAGUUAGUACACUUAUGUCAUUAUUUAAAUUCUUUUAAGUGUACUAUAAACCAUUCUUUAGUGGUAACUCUUUAGCAAAGUUAAGCAAUUUGACUAAAGACGGAUUAAAUUAUGUGUUGGCUUGUGUUGCCUUAUAUUUAAAAAGGAAAAAUUGCCUGAUUGUGUUAUGCCAAAUGAUAGCAACAUGAAGUCCUAAUUUAUUGUUUAUAAUCGUAUUCCUGCAGUCUUUGUGAAAACUGGUAAAUAUACAUCUAUGAAAGAACUAAAACCCUGAGGCUUUUCAUGCAAUAUUUUUCUGAAUCCGUUCUAUUGGAAGCCAAGGUUUGAGUCUGAAGCUGCUUCCCUUACAGUCUCCCCAUCGUCUUCCCCGUCCCGCUCCCCCAAAUCGAUCUAGGGCUGUGCUAUGACUUUAACCUUUCCUGCCGAGUUAGUUACUGUAAGGUGUUCUGCUACCUGAAUACAUACCUUUUUACUAAAUAAAAUAUUGGCAUCUCCUCUGUUCAGUAGCCUGCUACAAAUCUCGACCCAGACUGUUAUUAAAAGCUGAUUCUCUUCCUCCUGCUCUUCUCCCGAGAGAGAGAGACUUGAGUAGAGUCCCGCAGUGCGGUGGUCGUGGAAGUGGUUUCAGUGCCGGGGAGGUGUUUGCGUUAGCGACAGCGAGUUGUUGGGGAUUGUUCUGCACGGGCAGUCGCAGGUAGAGCCACCACCUCCGAGGCGCAAAAAUACUCCUGAGACUCAUCCAGGUGGGACAUUGCUUGAAAAAUAGGAAUCAUUUUACUAUUAAAAUAUACUGAAAUAUUUCCUGUUGUUCUAGGAGUGAGAUUUUUCUUUAAACCAACCCUUUUCACUUCUGCAGCAGCCUGUUGCUGAUGGGCUCUCCUUCCUUCUCCUUCCCCACUACACCCAUAAAGAGAAAUGCAAACACUGACCUGCCUCAUCCCCAGGUACAGCUUUUGAGAGCAAACACCAAAUACGCUGCGUAGGCGCCCGGCGUGGGGAUCCGGACGUGGCCCUGUCGCUUCCCAAGGUGACGAAGGGGCGGAUGGGGCAGGAGCCAGAGGCCGUAGGAGGUGUGCUCUCCUGGAAGCUGGUGUUUCUGUUCCCGAGGGAUCCCGGGCUCUUGCGAUGAGGGUUCUGCUCCUUGAGGAAAGAGCAGGGUGUUUUCAGAUGUUUUCCUGAGCAAUUUACGCUGCCUUGUCAGCACUGAAAUCUCCCCUUCAGCAGAAUAUCGUUAUUCUAACGGUUUCUGGCACAUCCCUUGCUGGCCAGAGGUGGACAUUGGAUAGAUCCCAGGAGGGACAAACAUGGAAGUGGUGUAAACCCUUCCACGAGGAAGCUUCCAUCUCUGACCUGUCUUGUCUUUCCAGCAGAAGCUUUGAAGCUGUUAAAUCGCAAGCCCAGUUUGUUACAGCCCAAAGUUAACAUUUUAUAAAGAUGCUUGUGAAUUUUCUUUAAGCUUAUGAUAUGAGAGAUGUCUCCGUGGGACUCGGCUGCUCCUGUAGAAACCAAACAGAAAUGUUUGCUGGGGCUCACUGUGGAGAGAACUGGGAAUUGCUGCUGUAUUUCAUUAAACCACAGACUGAUUAUAAA